AUGUCGAUAUCAACACCAAUCACCCAAUUGCUGGGGAUUCAGCACCCCAUCUUGUUGGCAGGAAUGGGUCAGACUUCGGGUGCACCUCUUGCUGCAGCGGUUUCGAAUGCAGGCGGAUUAGGUGUCAUCGGUGGUGUUGGGUACACACCACAAAUGCUCAAAGAUAUGAUUGAUGAACUGAAGGCCAAUCUAAAAGAUCCAUCUCUACCGUUUGGUGUCGACCUAUUGAUACCUCAAGUUGGAGGGUCAGCUCGUAAGACCAAUGUCGACUAUACCAAAGGCAACCUGGACACGUUGGUCGACAUCAUCAUCGCCGGUGGCGCGAAACUUUUUGUUUCUGCCGUCGGAGUCGCCCCGAAACAUGUUGUCGAAAAACUUCACUCCCACGGUGUCUUGUACAUGAACAUGAUUGGGCAUCCUAAACAUGUCGCCAAAGCUUGUGCCGUUGGAGCGGACAUCAUAUGUGCUCAAGGUGCAGAAGCUGGUGGACAUACAGGCGAAACACCUACCAGCAUCUUGAUUCCUGCUUGUGCGGACAUUGUCAAAAAAUACAAAUCUCCAUUGACCGGUCAACCUGUUCAAUUGGUCGCUGCGGGAGGUAUUGCGGACGGUCGCGGUAUCGCUUCCGUACUCAUGUUGGGUGCAUCGGCCGUCUGGGUAGGUACUAGAUUCGUCACGGCCAAAGAAUCUGGUGCUCCAGAAGUCGCAAAAAAGCAUAUUAUUUCGGCAGGUUUCGAUUCUACAAUAAAAUCUACGAUUUGGACAGGGAGACCCCUCCGUGCUUUGGCGACGCCGUACGUCCGUGAUUGGGAGACGAACCGUUCGGAAGAAAUCAAGUCCUUACUGGCUCAAGGUGUCGUUCCACUUCAACAUGAAAUGGACAAGUUGGAGAAUCAAGGUGGCAUCCCUGAAGAUGUUGAAGAUCAAGCUACAUUGAGACCAAUGGGUGUUGUCUCGGCAUUGGUAAACACCCCCAACCAAACCGCAGCUGAAAUUGUCAAGGAAAUGAUGGAUCAAGCUGUAAAAGUCCUAAAUGGGGCGUCGAAUUUGGUAAAGCCUUCCUCGAAGCUUUAG